AGAGCCACAAGCACACCGAGAACGUAAAUGAAGAUCGCUCCAUCUUCAUUUGUUCCUCGACACUCAUUCUGGAAACUUUUUUUCUUCUUCCUCCUCUUUUUCUUCUUCAUCAUCAUCGUCGUCGUCAUCGUCCUCCUCCAUCAUCAUCAUCAUCAUCAUCAUCAUCAGCAGCAGCUUCUUCCUGGUGGAGCGCAGCAGCAGUGGACGACCAAACAUGGACGCCAAGUGGCCGCCGCUGGUCCGGUGAGAGCGAGGAGAAGCGGCAGCAGGAAGUGAGGAAGAGGGCGGCGGCGGCGGCGGCGGCGGUGGCGGCAGAGGAGAAUCACUUAGAGAAGAAGAUUGUGUCGAGCUUGCAACUUGGCCAGCAUCAUCACACUUUAAUAAGACUGCGGCGCUGACACACACACACACACACACACACACACACACACACUUCGGCACGUGUGUCAUCUUGCAGGUCAUCUUCACUUCCUGACAGCCAUUUUUUUUGUCCAUGGCGUGACGCCUCGCAAAACUAUCCCCUCCCUUUGCCCCUCCCCGCCCCUCAUCAAUAUGACAAGCCCCGCCCACAUUAGGAAAUAAGGGUCACCCAAAUCUGUGCGGGUUCGAGCUGCCGAUGCAAGAUGGCGGCCGGAGUGGCGACAUGGCUGCCGUUUGCGCGGGCGGCGGCGGUGGGCUGGCUCCCGCUGGCCAAGAAGACCAUGCCCAAGCCCCCCGUGGACAACUCGUCCAAGUCUGACGAGAUCCUCUACGUCAACGUCAGCGGGGUCAGGUUCCAGACGUGGAAGAACACGCUGGACCGCUACCCCGACACGCUGCUGGGCUCCUCGGAGAAGGAGUUCUUCUACAACGACGACACCCAGGAGUACUUCUUCGACCGGGACCCCGAGAUGUUCCGGCACAUUCUCAACUUCUACCGCACGGGCAAGCUGCACUACCCGCGCCACGAGUGCAUCCAGGCCUUCGACGAGGAGCUGGCCUUCUACGGCAUCGUGCCCGAGAUCAUCGGCGACUGCUGCAUGGAGGAGUACCGAGACCGGAAGAAGGAGAACCAGGAGCGCCUGGCCGAGGACACGGAAGCCAACGAGGACGCGCCGCUGCCCCCCCACAGCACGUCCAGGGAGCGCUUGUGGCGAGCCUUCGAGAACCCGCACACGUCCACCAUGGCGCUGGUCUUCUACUACGUGACGGGCUUCUUCAUCGCCGUGUCGGUCAUCGCCAACGUGGUGGAGACGGUGCCGUGCAGCGCCGUCAAGGAGGGCGGGAAGCACCUGCCCUGCGGCGAGAAGUUCAAGCUGGCCUUCUUCUGCAUGGACACGGCGUGCGUGCUCAUCUUCACCUUCGAGUACCUGAUGCGUCUGUUCGCCGCGCCCGGCCGCUGCAAGUUCAUGCGCUCCGUCAUGUCGGUCAUCGACGUGGUGGCCAUCAUGCCCUACUACAUCGGCCUGGUCAUGCCGGAGAACGAGGACGUGAGCGGCGCCUUCGUCACGCUGCGGGUCUUCCGCGUCUUCCGCAUCUUCAAGUUCUCGCGCCACUCGCAGGGCUUGAGGAUUCUGGGCUACACGCUGAAGAGCUGCGCCUCGGAGCUGGGCUUCCUGCUCUUCUCGCUCACCAUGGCCAUCAUCAUCUUCGCCACAGUCAUGUUCUACGCCGAGAAGGGAACCAAGGGCUCCACCUUUACCUCCAUCCCGGCCUCCUUCUGGUACACCAUCGUCACCAUGACCACGCUGGGGUACGGCGACAUGGUCCCCAACACCAUCGCUGGGAAGAUUUUCGGCUCCAUCUGCUCGCUGAGCGGCGUGCUGGUCAUCGCCCUCCCUGUGCCCGUCAUCGUGUCCAACUUCAGUCGCAUCUAUCACCAGAACCAGCGAGCCGACAAGAUGCGAGCGCAGCAGAAAGUUCGUAUGGCUCGGAUCCGCAUGGCAAAGAAAGGAACAACAAACGCUUUCCUGCAGUACAAAGAAGACCGAGCCCUGGGGGACCGUGACAGUGACAGUGGCGCUUUGUGCGUGAAGAACAAGUCGGCGUUUGAGCAUCAGCAUCAUCAUCUGCUUCACUGUUUGGAGAAGACCACGAACCACGAGUUCACGGACGAGUUGAACUACAGCGAGCUCUGCAUCACCACCGAGUCGGUCGGCUUCCGGACCAGCCGCAGCACCUCCAUGUCCAGCCAGCAGGGGGCGCCGAACCACUCCACCGGCUGCUGCCCCCGCCGCGUGCGGAGGCGGGCGGCCAUGCGCCUGGCCAACUCCACCGUGUCCGUGAGCCGCGGCAGCGUGCAGGAGCUGGACACGCUGCACGCCAAGAGCGCCCACUUCCCGCCGCAGACGCGUUCCAGUCUCAACGCACAGGUGGACCUCAAGCUGAACUGCAGCGAGCAGGACUUCAGCGCCGCCAUCAUCGGCAUCCCCACGCCGCCCGCCAACAGUCCCGACGACAGCCUGCCGCCUUCCCCUGCCACUCACCCGGCCGGCAUGCGCAUGACGCGCGCCACCGCCUACACCUCCGACGCCAUCAAGAUCUCCUAUUUGUAACCUCCGCCGGGGCCUGAACCGUCCCAGCCCCAGCCCCCGCCCCGACCUGUCUUGAAGGCGGAGAAGGUCGAGGAUCGCGGCUUGAAGACCGGUGACAAAAACUGAUGCACAAAAACACCGCUCUCUGAACCUCACCGCCACUGGGUUCUUUAUUGCAUUUACUUCCGGCAGGUAUUCAAGACGGCCCGGCGGGGGAAGAUGUCUACGUUUGGACAGGCGUGGACAUCCAAAUAUGCAAAGCAGGAAGUAGUCAUUAAUAAUCGCUAAUAAGAUGAAUUAAUUGUGUUGUGUGUAUGAAACAAUAGUCAACAAACGCAUAAAAAACAUAGCAAAAAGUGCAAAGGUCAGCUUUCUUCCGACACAUUAGCUGUCACCAUACUUGCCAACCUUGAGACCUCCGAUUUCGGGAAGUGGAGGG